AUGGAAACCCACGGCGCGUCGGCUGAGCCGUCUUCCAAACGGCCUCGAUCUCCCAAUGGCGAUUACGCUGGGUCGUCGAAAGUCCCCAAAACACACUCGAACCACCUCCAAAUCAAUUAUCUCGCGCGCCAAUACCCAGACAACCUCCCACUAGUAUCUGUCGAUGAUACGAUGCCCGCCAUCCAGCAUUUGCUCGGCGAAUACGACGGCGUGCUACACCGCCAUGAAAGCAUCGCUGGAAACCUAGGCGCAUGCCCGCUGGGUCCGAUCUUGAUCAAACGAUUUGAGCGUCUGUUCGAUGGACCGCCCAAAGUGUUAAAGUCGCAUGGUAAAGAUGGACCUACAGUCACAUGGCUGGAUGUUGUCGAGUUCGCGAAGAACAAGCCCGAGCAGUUCAAUCUGGAGAAAUCGCGCAAUGGCGUACGGGUCUGCCAGUUCUAUACCAAGCAGUGUCGAGUGGAGAUCAGCGAGGAGGAUUUUGUGUUGAUUGCUUCCGGCAUGCCGCAGAAGAUGAUACCGCCGCAGCCAAUCAUUGAGGACGAGGAAAAAGAGCUGGGUGCGCUGGAGAUUCUUGAGAAGAACUUGGCCCAUAUCAUUCAGAUGGCCGAUCAAGUCUCUGCCAGAGCGAGACAGCUUAACCACCGGUUGAAGAAUCGCCGCAAUGCUAUUGUCACCCGACGAGAGAAUGAUGCCUCUUUACAUGCGCAAUCCCGGCAUGUCAACGACCACUGGCGCGAUUCCAAUGGUCACACUCCCUCUCACGCUUCCCCGUCCGGCUUCGUCGCGGUAAACGCUCAUCGUCCCGAGGGCGAGCACCCGGAAGAAAACCCUUUAUCAGCCCAAUUCAUGUUUUCACACUCCACCACCGAUAAUGUCACCAUGAUCAACGGGCAAUCGAUCAAAGGCGCAUCGCCAACAACUCGCGCAGACUUGAUGAAGCGAUUCUUCACGACAGCGGACCGGCACGCUCGUGGCUAUGAGGACGCGACAGCUCCGGCCAACCCCCGACCACUCUCUCGGCCUCGUACCUCCGAACUGGCAGAGUACAGUGUCUACAACCCCGCAACAUCCAACCCCGUCGCCAUUCCAAACACUCCAUCCUCCCUUCUCCCACCGCCGAAAUCCACACACCAAGAAAAAGACGACGGGGGCCCCUUCAAGCUCGAAAUGAUCGCUCGCAUGGAAGAGCUUCAGCGCGGGGAGCGAGUAGUCCCCCCAUGCGAUCGCUGCCGUCGCCUGCACAUGGACUGCCUGAAGAAUCUCACAGCCUGCGUAGGCUGCACAAAGAAACACGCCAAGUGUUCCUGGCGCGACGUCAAGGAGGACGAAAUCGCAGCAAUGGUACCCAGAUCCACGACUUCAACGACCGCCCCGCACGAGCGCAUUGACAACGACCACACUACCGCAACCCUCGCCCGACCUCAAUUCGGCGGGGGUCCACUACCUCCCAUUUCAGCCGAACGCGAGCGACCCCGCGAACCGCGCUUCGAAUCGGAGGCUCACUCUCACUACCAGAGCAACCGACGCGAGUCAGCCCCUUCCGCUCCGAACCCGGCUCUUGGCUCUGCGGUCCCGAUGGAGCUCCCUUCAAAAAAUACUUCUCCGCGACGGGCCGUAAGCGAAACAGAGAAUGGCCACAACGGCCUUCCUUCUAUUCGCUCCGCUCGUCCUGAGGAUGACGACCCGGAUGCCAACCAGCGGUUAAACCAGGCUAUUCGCGAUACCCAGGCACGUGUUGCGGCAGCUAUGCAGGAGAAAGAGCGUGGUGCCGAGCGUGGUGGGGAGACUCAAAGCGGUGUUCUUCCAGGUCAGGCUCCGGUUCCUGCUGCUUAUGACCGUGAACGUGAGCGGGAGGCGGAUGAUCGUGAUCGGCGCAUGGUGCAGGCAUAA